UGAAAUGACUUUUUUUUAUUUUUUUUUAGCAUCAGCUGAUGUCUUCUGAUUAUCUAUAGGAGAGUAGGAACCGUCACAGUAAUCCGCCCCCCGGGACCGGCUGCCAGAGCUGGGCCGUCUCAGACUUCAGCUGGACUGGGACCAAAGACUGGGGACCUCAGAUGUUUGCUGUCAAGAAUAAUGCUUGUGUUUGCUGCUCUGACCUACAGAGGAGCAAAGAAAGAGCUGAACCAGCAGAAGAGAGCUGUACAGGUUGUUUUUCUACGAGAGAAGCUCCACCACGUCUGUUUCGCCAUCAGAUAGAUGAAACACAAGAGGGCAAGAAUUCCUCACAACCCACAGCUCUUAAUGCAGGGUCCGGUCUCCAUGGAGACCCUGUCUGCAAGAUAAGGACACCAUCAGUCACAAGCUUCCUGAGCUCUUCCCCAGUCAGUCUUCCUGCAGAAUCUGCCUCUCAAGUGCCAUUAAAAUUGCAGAUCAAAGUAUCGGGCCAAAGUGGUCGUUUGGGGAUAAGCAUUGCUGGCGGAAAAGGAUCUCUGCCUUACAAAGAUCACGACGAGGGUAUUUUUAUUUCAAGGGUAGCUCAAGGAGGACCAUCUGAAAAGGCAGGGAUCCAUGUUGGAGAUAGAGUGCUUGAGGUCAACGGUCUGUGCAUGCAGGGGGCAGCCCACCAUGAAGCAGUCGCUGCCCUCAGAAAUGCUGGGAGCUGCAUCAAGUUGAAGGUGCUCAGAGAGAGGAUGCCUUCCUCAGAACUGGAAGAGGCAGAAAGCUGUUUGCCCAAGAAGAUUGAAGCUGUUGUCUGCAAUGGUUACAACAAUGUGGGUGUUUUUUUAUUCACAUCCUGGCAUUAG